AUGGAUCUACCUUACUCACCCCGGCGAUAUAUCCCGCAUCGUCCCGCGGGAAAUGAUUUGGUUUUGGUGAUACCGGGGGUUAGUGGCGGGUUCUACUCCAGAGGAAGAAGUACAAACAAUUUUGAUGGGGAAGAGGGAAAUGGUGGAGAAGGUGGUAAGGGAUUUCCUCAGAGAGGGGUGGUGGAAGAUCUAGAAUUCGGGUUAGCCAUUGUGGGUUUGGAGGAGGUGGUGGGGCGGGAAGAAAGUGUCCUGGAGGUGGAGGAGGAGGAUACUCUGGGAGAAGCAGUGGAGAUGGUAUUUAUGACUCCUAAGGGGCAGGACAUUUCUCCAGCUGAAAUUCUGAUGACAUUUUCCCUUAUGAAUCCAAUUCCAGAUUUUGGCUGCCGAAGUCUUAGGUUUAAGAAAUCGGAAGGAGAAUGUGCUCCUCAACGUUACGUAUUUAAAGAAAUUUUCUUGCCAAUGGGGACAGAGCUAACGACUCAUGACUGUAGAUACGAGUGCCUCAUGGAAAGCAAAUGUUUGUCUGUAAACAUCGGCCCACCAAACAAGACAGGCUUCAGGCUCUGCCAACUGAGUACUUUUGACCACACCCAACAUCGUGAAGAUAAAGAAAUACGAAAAGGUUUUAUUCUCUGGGCCUCUGAGAAUUCGUGCUCCAGUAAUCCCUGCCUCCAUGAUUCCACCUGUCUUAAUGGAUAUACCGACAAGAGAUAUAUUUGCCUGUGUCCACAUAAUUACACGGGAGAAAACUGUGAAAAAGAUAAAAACGAGUGUAUUGACAACACUCACGACUGUCAUGCCAAAGCUGUUUGUAAUAAUACCGAGGGAUCAUUUACGUGCAACUGUAUAAAAGGUUAUCAAGGGAACGGUCGGAAUUGCACAGAUGUGGACGAGUGUACCAGCCACAUCCAUGGCUGUCACUAUAAUGCAAGUUGCAAUAACACAGACGGCUCUUACACAUGCAAAUGCAAACCCGGACUCAGUUGCACAUUCAAAGCCGUGUUCUCAAAUCUCAAUGCUACUGGAAGAUAUGGUCCAACAUCGCUCGGAAGUUACUACGCAAGUCAGGAUCAUGACGAACAAGUUGCUCUGUCCAGCGGUAUUCAACAGUGGACUGUGCCGCACACUGGUGAUUACAGAAUAGAAGCAAUAGGAGCAGCAGGAGGGUACGAUGUAACUACCAACAGCUCGCGCUACCGAGGAAGAGGAGCAAGAAUGAUUGGAACUUUUCACUUAAACAAGGGUGAAGUUAUUCAGAUAAUUGUAGGUCAAGAGGGAGGAAUAAACAAGAUGGACGAAUCCUCUGGCGGUGGUGGAGGUACAUUUGUUGUGAGAGGAGCCGACACACCUUUGAUAAUAGCUGGAGGCGGAGGAGGGAUAGAUUCUGCAAAGUCUAGACAUGCAGGGUGCGACGCAAGCACAAACACGACUGGGAAUCCUGGGUACAGAUCAUGGUCAGGGGGAAUCAAUGGACAUGGUGCACAGACUGCUAGCGCUUAUUCUAUUUCAUCAGGUGGUGGUGGUGGCGGGUUUUACUCCAGUGGAAGAAGUGGAAUCAAUUUCAAUGGGACCGAGGGAGAUGGGGGAGAGGGUGGUAAGGGAUUUCUUCAGGGAGGGGUGGGUGGGAGAUCACGGUAUUACGACGUCGAUGGUGGAUUUGGCGGAGGAGGUGGGGCUGAGGGAUUUGGGGGAGGCGGAGGAGGAGGAGGAUACUCUGGGGGAAGCAGUGGAGAUUUUGCUAAGAAUACCUGUGGGGGUGGUGGUGGAUCCUACAAUGUUGGAAACAAUCAGCAGAAUGAAUGUUGUUACAACAAGGCUGGUCAUGGUCAGGUAACCAUCACAUUACUGUAG